CUCAGCCUGACCUGCACCGCCAGCCUGUUAACGACGGGCUCUACUAGUGGGCGUUGCCUGUUUAUCUCAUUUCCUCUGACGCAUUCGGCGGGAACCCUUUGGAUUCUGUAGUGCUCCAGCGCCGCGACCACACAUCUGUCAUUGAUAUAAACAUAUAACCAGCCAUAUGAUGUCUUCUGUACUGAACUGUAUUGUUGCAGUUUGUCCUGAUAUGGGAAUCGGGAGGAACGGCAAUCUGCCCUGGCACCCUAUUAGAUUAAGUAAGGAAUUCAAACACUUUCAGAAGAUGACGAUGACUCCUACUGUAGAAGGUAAAAAGAAUGUGGUCCUAAUGGGCAGAAAGACCUGGUUCUCGAUACCUCCGCAGAACCGGCCUCUAAAGAACAGAAUCAACGUUGUUCUCAGCAGAGAGCUCAAGACGCCUCCAGAGGGAGCACACUAUCUGGCAUCUGACUUCAGCUCAGCUCUCAGCCUGCUGAACACUCCAGAGCUAGCAUCUCAAGCCGACCAGAUCUGGGUCAUUGGUGGGAGCUCAUUAUACAAGGAGGCAAUGGAGAGCUCUGGACAAAAGCGCCUGUUUGUAACAAGGAUUCUGAAGCAGUUUGACUGUGACACGUUCAUUCCUAAGAUCAACCUGGACAAGUACACGCUGCUGCCUGAGUUUCCCGGAGUCCCUACCGGAUUACAGGAGGAAAACGGCCUGCAGUAUGUAUUUGAGGUGUAUGAGAGCAAAGACCAUUGAUAAGCACAGUGCAAGAAAGAUCUUUAACAGCUGUUGAGAACUUUCUAAGAGAAGACGCCACGGUGGUCAACAUUUUCUUACAUGGACUGAUGUGAAAAAAGGGCCCUUGGACCUGUUUGUGGUCGAUAUUGAUUAAAAGGUUGAAGCCCAGAGCACAAGGAGUAUCUUUGAAACAAACCUUUUUUGUCAAUCUUUUUGAACAUAUUAAAUACUUCUUUUCAGUUG